CUACCGAGGAAGCUAGGAAGGGGAUCAAGGAAACCUCUAGCAUCUUAGAUAAACACGCCGAAGACGUGUGAACCCGGCGGUCAGACAGCGCUAACAACACCAAAAAUAACCAUAAAAGGGUCCUUGAUACAGCGAGGGUCAACAUGUCUGAGACAUACGACUUCCUGUUCAAGUUCCUGGUGAUCGGCAGCGCCGGGACGGGGAAAUCCUGCCUCCUCCACCAGUUCAUCGAGAACAAAUUCAAACAGGAUUCCAACCACACCAUCGGCGUGGAGUUUGGUUCCAGGGUGGUUAACGUCGCGGGGAAGACGGUCAAACUGCAGAUCUGGGACACCGCCGGGCAGGAACGAUUUCGCCGUGAAACUUACAACACACUGACUAACUGGCUGACAGAUGCACGGACACUGGCAAGCCCCAACAUCGUUAUCAUCCUGUGUGGAAACAAGAAAGACUUGGAUGCAGAAAGAGAGGUGACCUUUCUGGAGGCCUCGCGAUUUGCUCAGGAGAACGAGCUAAUGUUUCUGGAGACGAGCGCCCUGACAGGUGAAAACGUGGAGGAGGGAUUUUUGAAAUGUGCUCGCACUAUCCUCAACAAGAUAGAUUCAGGGGAGUUGGACCCAGAGAGGAUGGGCUCAGGUAUCCAAUAUGGAGACGCGUCACUGAGGCAGCUUCGACAGCCGAGAGGCACGACGACACAGAACAAGCAGCAAUGUAACUGCUAGGGAUGGACUCCUUGCUUAGUUGAUCUCACAGGCCCAAACAGACAGCAUGCCCCCUCCAGCUCAUCUCCAGGUGUUUUUGGGUGUGUGUGUGUGGCUGUGGUUUCACACACUUUAGAUCACCUGGAUAAGUGUUGGUGGGAGGACUACUUUGACCUAUGACCUCUGGUAAGCCUCUUAACCUGAGUGGUUCAGGUUUGAGCCUGCAUCUCAGAGUGAAGACGGUUGGAUCUCAGAGAAGACGCUCCCUCAUGUCAGAGGUUGUCUGUAUGAGCUUCUAUGCUGUUAUUUCUUCUCUUUGCUGUUCCACGCUGGUUUUAAGCAAUCCUAAGAUGUUUUCGGCAUUUGCACAUCACUGACUGUAAACGAUGAUUGUGAAGCUACUUGAAGCAUUUAAAUCAGCUGAUAUGCCUCGUGAUUAGUCAACUAACAGUUUUUAACAGAUAGUGAUUAUGUGAUUAACUGUCUAAAUGUGCACUCUGAAAGGAGGUCCUCUUCUUUCUAGUUUGACUUCUUGCGUUCAGGUGUCAAUCACAUGCAAUGCCCCAAGAAAUCCACACAAAGAGAUCUGUGGUUAUUAACGAGUAAUUAUCUUUCCUUCCCAGAAAACCAGAAAAUUGAAGGUGUUUAUCAGUGGGUUCAGGUGGAUAUAAAUUGUGCAAUCAUAAAGAGUUGGAAGUGGAAACUGCUCAGGUUGUUCGUUCCAAAUGUGAUGAUGUAGAGGUGUGGCUUUUUGUUAUUGUAGAUAAAUCGAAAGUUUCGGUCAGAAGUUUACAUCCUUUCAUCAACCGCCUGUAUUAACUAGGAUCUUUUUUAUUUCUUGGAUAGAUUCAAUGUAAUCACACAAUGGCAACAAUUAAAAAAAAAAUGAAGAGCACAAGUUUGGAUUUUUAUAAUCCAGACAGGGUUGGAAAUGUUUAUAAGAAUAAACCCUGUCUGGAUUCGAAAAAUGAAAGACUAUCUGGAUGUUUCAUUCCUCUUUUUAGAAACAUCAAAGCUAAUUUAAUUAGCACAGAUUCAGCUUUGAAGGACAGCUAAUAUGUUUUCAGUAGGGUUGAAGUCAGAACCAUUCCAGAAGCUUUAUCCAAUCCUGAACCAGUAUUGAUGUGUUCUGAAUCAUUGUCCCAUUAAACCAUCCUGUUGUGUCCAGGUUUCAACCUUCUAACUGUUGAUGUGAUAAAAAGUUAAGGAAUUUAGGGCUAGUCAACAAUCUUCAUUAUUUAAUCCACUUUAGGGAAUACAUCAGCAUAUAUUAUAACAGAACAGACCACAGCACAAUGCUGCCAACACCAUUUUCUUUGGUUUGUAAGUCUCACUAUAACUUCUUUAAACAUGCUCCUCAUUAGAGGUCAAACAGUUAAAGCCGCGGCUCUAACUUCAGAUAAGCCUUAAAGUCAUGACGCUGCUGCAGGUGUUCGUUUCUUAAAUACUGCUGUACAAGCUGCCUUUAGAUUAUAUUAACCCUCUGGAAAAUUCUACCUUUUUCAUUUCAUUGGGGCUGACAGUUUUUUUCAGAACUUUUAAUACAAAGAAAUAUCACAAAUAAUCAUCAAAAGUGGGUUUUAAAUCAAUAAAACUUACAAAUACCUUUUUUUUUCACUUUAUCAACCCUAUUUAAAACGUAUUUUAUGUGCUUGGAUCUGUACCUAAAUGCGCUCUACCAGAUCAGCCAAAAUGAGCGUUCCAGUAUCCAGUCCAUGUUGCUGCAGAAGCUUGUCGAUCUUUAGAAAGUGUGCAGUCUCUGCAGCUUAAUAAAUGACAGUCUUUCAAAUAUUAUUUAGAAUACCGGUACAUGUAUAUAUGUGAACCUAUAUGUACAACUUAAAUAUGUACAGAUUAGACAAAAACUUAAGUUCCAAAUAAUUUUUUUUUAAGAUCCUUUAAGUUUUAUGUUCUAAACAUGUAUACUUGUAUAUACCCUACAGGAAAUAGUUGAUUUAAAUUAUUUUGGGCCUAAAAUGAAGGAUCGUCAUGCUAAUGUUGACAGUAUUUAAAUUUCUGACCUAAGCUGUUUUUAUGGCAAAUUGUCGCUCCGAUUUAAAGCAAAAAGCACAGCAAAAAAGGAAAUGAUUGAUUUCCAGAGGUUCAAACAUCCAAAGAUUGAGCCUCAUUAGAGAAUGACCUCGUCCAGACUUCUGUGACAUCUGGUCCCGAUUUAGUGGAAUAUUAGGAUUUAUUAGUGUGUUUAUUCAAAGCAGUAUUGCUGCUGCUCUACAUGCUAAUGCUGGACCAGGAAUGUGAUGAUGGUAAGCACAGUUCUGUCAUAGAAGCUCAGAUUCUGCAUGAGGCUCUGCCAUCGUUUAAUAAUGCCUGGUUGUGAGGGUGCAAUGAUGAUUUAGGAUUCUACGUGUUUGCAGGCGUACAAAUGAUUAGCUGAAGCAUCUGAUCCGCACUAUGAAGAACUAUUACAGUCAUCUGGACAAAAAAAACCAUUUGAGAAUAGAGUCUAUGUAUAUUUAGAAGUGUGAUAGGUUGGUAAAAAAGUCAUAUCUUGAAAGUUAAUUUUAAAAAUGAGGGAAAAAAGAUAGAAUAUCGAGGACAAAACAAACUGUAUCAGAAUUAUUUUCAAAAUGAAUGUACAAAAAAUACUUUUUGCAAAAAGACCAAACCUACCUUUAAAGUAGAAAUAUUAAGAACGGACUAGAAAUACAAAAUGCCAAAAUUGCUUUCCAAAGAAUCUGAAACGAAACUAAGAUUAAGAGUUGAAAUCCUGGAGGGGGAUUUAUUUCCCAAGGAAAAAGUUAAAAUAACGGAAAACAAAAAUAUGUUGAGACGGUAAUCGUUUAUCCAAACAAAAACCAGAGCUGCUUUAAUUCCACACAGCAGUUCCAGCAUAUUCUCUCCCCAUUGCAAUCAAGACUUUACAUCCAAUUUCGAGAUAUUUUAACUUGUCUGACUCUUUAACAAAUAAUCCAGCUUUAGAGAAAAACAGUUGUAGAAAACAUCUUUGCUUUUGCAGUUUAAGUGAGCCAACUCAGGUCAUUCAUUACUCUGUGGAAAAAGAAUUCCUGACUUUCCAGGGUAAGUGGCUUUCCUUGGUCAUUGGAUCACUGAGUCAGAUAUCAUGACUUAAUAAACGUAAAGUUAAAGGUGCAACCUGUCCUGAGGCUAAAUCCAAACAUGCUCCCAGCUGAUAUAUUUCUUUAUCCUCAUUUGUUUUUUGUUUUUUUUUCCCCUCCAGCCUCAUAGUAGACAUUUAUCCCAAAGUGAGUCUUUGCAAACACAAUGGUUUUAGAAUAUCAAAAGUCAAACAGUGAAAAUGUGUUGCUUUACAUCAGUCGAGUCUGUCCUCUCUUGAAGUGCACUUUUACAGUUUUAUUUCCUAAUAUGCUGUAACUAUAGAAAUGUACAUUUUAUUUUACUUGAAAAGUAUACUGUAAUAAAGAUUUUAAUGUAGACGUUAUCAGCUCAUAUUGUAAAACAACUGAGAUUCCUAACUUCGGUCUCCUUGUAUUUGCUGACUCCCCUUGUUGACUGUGAGAAAGCAGCCGAUUCCUCCUGUUUAUACACAUUUAUUAUUUCUUGUUUUAAUGCAACUAAAUGGGAGUUCAAUUUGCAUUUAUACGUGUUUUUUAUUUCUUAAAGCAUCAUCAGAAGGACAAUGAAAGCAUAAGUUCUUGAUUCGUCUGGACUUGCUCCAUUGGUAAACACAACCCUGACUCAGUUGUUUUGUAAAUGAUGUGAUAAAGGCUGCCCAAAUGUGUACAUUUUAAGUAUAACCUAAGCUGUAAAUAAGAUUUGUCUAUUGUCUUAUGAGGUUGAGUAUUGCUCAUUGUUUUAAUUAUGCAAUUCCCAAUAAAC